CACUGCUGACAGAAGGGCUCCUGCAUUGGUACAGUGAUCCUGGCUUGAAAGGUGUGUUCCUGACACCGGGCCUGAGCUACGAUGAGCACACACAGGAGCUGGUGGUGUCUGAGGCCGGCAUCUACUAUGUGUUUUUGCACCUGGAACUGCAACGUGUGGUGGCCGGAGCUGGCUCUGGCUCCGUCUCCAUUGCCUUGCACCUGCAGCCGCUGGGCAGAGGGGUUGCAGCUCUGGCCCUGACCUUGGACCUGCCAUCUCCAUCCUCUGAAGCCCGGGACUCAGCAGCUGGUUUCCGGGGUGGCCUGCUGCACCUGCGCACUGGUCAGCGCCUGGGUGUCCAUCUCAGGGCUGCGGCUGGGGUGCACCCCGCCUGGCAGCUUGCACAAGGUGCCACGGUUUUGGGCCUCUACCGAGUGGCCACCAAGGUCCCUGCUGGACUCCCCUCGGGACAGCCUUCAUGAGGCUGGCGGGGUUGCCACCCCCUGCAGGGAGACUAAAUCCUGCCUUUCUUCUGUGGGGCCUCUGGUGAUGAGCCCUGACUUCUCUACCUCACCAGGCAGGGCAGGGGUUCUGGCUGCUGACCCCCUCCUCAAGGACUCUCCUGGUCCCUCUAUCACUCCUGCCCCGAGUCAAACCCUUGAUAUUUAUUAUGAGCCUGAGCUCAGACAGUGGACUUUAUAUUUAUCUGUUUAACUUAUAUUUAUUGAGUGCCCAGGCCAGGUACUGUGCAGCAGGGCUGAAGAAACAGACCA